AUGUCGGGAUUCAAGCCUCAACGUUCUAGUGCUGGAGGGUUUUUGGCGGCUAGCGGUGGGAAACAAAUCGGAAAUGCGCCCGCGACCAUGCUCUCAGCUCUACCUGCAGCUUCGAUCGUCGAAAGGACUGUCGAGGUUAAGAAAUCACCAGCUCUUAUAUUUCUUAACAAGACAGAGAUGGUAGACCUCAUAGCAGGCCCCGGAGAAGCCCUUUUUCGAGUCCAUAAAUCUUUUAUCUGCAACAAAAUAUCAUAUUUCGAUAAAAUGUUUAAUGGUGGAUUCAAAGAAGCAAAAGAGAAUUCGGCAAGAUUUCCGGAGGACAUUCCGGAGUCUUUUGAUAUACUUAUCGAGUGGGUAUACUCUGGACACAUUCGAUUUUACGAGGUUGAAGUCAGCGCCAGACCGGAGAGCUGGAACUUCCUGUGCUUUUAUGCGUUAGCAGAAAAGCUUGGUCUCACUCAGUUGGAGGAUCGUGCACUGGAUGUCUAUCGACAGAGUUGUAAAGCUAAAAAUGCAACUUUUAGCAUGGACUGGGCUACAAGGGCAUACCAGAUCACUCCACAAGGGUCAGCACUUCGGCGAUAUGCUAUCCAGGUGUUGGUUUGGAGAUUUCACACCCAAGAAGAUUUGGGUUUCAAUCUCAAUGACCAUUUCAUCAAGGCAAUGCAAAGCGACAGUGAUAUCUUUACAGACUUCAUGCUUGCACUUCUCAAACAUGUCAAGGUGGCAAUACCAACAGAUCCGAGAGUCACUGAUCCAAGGAUCCCUGCCACCAAAUGCGAAUACCACAACCACACAAAGGACGAGGACUGUUAUAAGUUUAGGAGAACUUGA